AUGCCGUGCACCGGGCACCUCGACACACCGGGGACCCCGGCCCCCACCACGCCACCGGAGCCCACGGUCAACAUCUUCCAGAUGGAGGGUCCGACCGCCGACCCCACCAGCCAGCCCUGGCCGGGACCCCUGCCCCAGCCUGAGAUCCUGGCCCCCAGCCCACCCCGGGAGACCCGGGCCAGCAAGUACAAGUUCCUGCUGUCCUGCCUGGGCUACUGCGUGGGGCUGGGCAACGUCUGGCGCUUUCCCUACCUGUGUUACCGCAAUGGAGGAGGCAUCUUCCUCGUCCCCUACUUCAUCAUGCUGCUCAUCACGGGGCUGCCCCUCUUCCUGAUGGAGCUGAGCCUGGGCCAGUACGGGGCCGCGGGGCCCAUCACUGUAUGGAAGUGCUGCCCGCUCCUGAAAGGUGUUGGUGUUGCCAUGCUGAUCGUGUCCUCCCUGGUGUCCCUCUACUACAACGUCAUCAUGGCCUGGGCUUUCUACUACCUGGGCUCCUCCUUCCAGAGCCCCCUGCCCUGGUCCUGCGAUGCCCCCAGGAACGCGGACCUCUGCAAGAACGUGUCGGGGAGCGCCAGCCGGGUCAGCGCCAGCGAGGUUUUCUGGAACAAGCAGGUGCUGGGGGUGACGCACAGCUCCGGCCUCGGGGACCCCGGCCCCGUGCAGUGGCCCCUCGCCCUGUGCCUGCUGGCGGCCUGGAUCCUCAUCUUCCUCUGCAUGCUGAAGGGCAUCCGCAACUCGGGCAAGGUGGUGUACUUCACGGCCACCUUCCCCUACCUGGUCAUCCUCAUCCUCAUCAUCUGGGGGGCCACGCUGGAUGGCUCCCUCGAUGGCGUCCGCUUCUACCUCUCCUCGGACUGGAGCAGGCUGAAGAGCGCCCAGGUGUGGAGCGACGGGGCCUCGCAGAUCUUCUACUCGCUGGGCAUUGGGUUCGGGGGGCUGCUCUCCAUGGCCUCCUACAACAAGUUUGACAACAACGUCAUCCGGGACACCUUGGUCAUCACCAUUGGGAACUGCUGCACCAGCUUCUUUGCCGGCUUCGCCAUCUUCUCGGCGCUGGGGCACGUGGCCUGGAGGAAACAAGUCCCCGUGGGCAGCGUCGCCGACUCAGGCCCUGGGCUGGCGUUUGUGGUGUACUCUGAAGCUCUCUCCCUGCUGCCCGGCUCCCCAUUCUGGUCCAUCCUCUUCUUCCUGAUGCUCUUGACGCUGGGAGUGGAUACUUUGUUCAGGAACAUCGAGGGCAUCACCACAGCCAUCCUGGAUGAGUUCCCAGCCCUGCGCGACUGGAGGAGGAAGACAGCGUUGCUGGGUGCUCUCUGCACCUCCUUCUAUCUGCUGGGGCUCCUGCUGGUCACCCAGGGAGGCAUCUUCUGGUUCACCCUCAUUGACACAUACAGCACCGGCUUUGGGCUGCUCAUCGUCGCUCUCUUCAUGUGCCUGGGCAUCGCCUUCUGCUACGGCGUGAACCAGUUCUGCCGGGACAUCGUGGACAUGAUCUGCCGGUGCCCGCCCUGGUGCAGCCACAUGCUGGGCUACUUCAAGGUGUGCUGGGCCUUCUUUACCCCCUGCCUGCUGCUGUUCACGCUCAUCUUCACCUUCCUGGACAUGUACAGCGUGCCCCUGCGCUACGGCACCUACAAGUACCCUGCCUGGGGCACGAGCCUGGGCGUCUGCAUAGGCGUCCUCACCUGCCUGCAGAUCCCGCUCUGGGCUGCUGUGGCCCUGUGCCGCGAGUCGGGGACGCUGAGCGACCGCUUCCAGAAAGCCACCCAGCCCCUGCGCUCCUGGAGGACGGCCACCACCCAGGAUGUGGCCGAAAACGUCAUCAACGUGCCGUUCACCAUCACCCUGACCAGCAGCGACUUCACCGUGCAGCCUCACGGCAGCAGUGAAGACUGA